UUGAAGCCCGCUUGCCACUGACAACAGUUGUACCCAAGCUUGGUUUACACCUGUAAUCAUUCGAGUUUCUAAUUUCCAAUUAUCCCCAGGUAAAUUAAUCAACCAAACCGAACAUUAACGAUCGACUCCCUCAUCCAGAAUCGGAUCGUUAACCGUAAACCACAACAAUCCGCCCGAUGAGUGCCCAAGGCGACAGUUUCUCGGAAAAUGAAGAUGAUCCCGCGGUUUUUGAAAGCUCUGGCAGUGAAUGGGAUGAAGUAACAGAGAAAAAGCGCAAUAAGAGGAGAACAUCUCAAAGAUUAAGCAAAAAACCUAGAGUGGCAAUGACGCAAAGCAGUGAUAGUGAAGAGGAUGAAGGUGAAAGGAAAACAAAGCCAAAGAAUGGAGUUAAUAGGAAACAAAAGGGUAGUACUAAUACAAAAAGUUCUGCAGCUAAUAAAAUUAUUCCUGCAAAUGAAAGUGCAAGCUACACGCCUGGAUCAUUUGUAAUUGCAAAGAAAGACGCCCAAUCAGGUGAUAUGAGUAACCCUCCUUGUAUUUGGAAAAUUGACGGCAAAGCCCUUUUGCAGAAAUAUGAACCAUUUAAACAAGACGAUCAAGUCCGUCAUCGCAAUACAUCAAUUAUUUUUUUUAGUACACAGGAUGGUCUGCCUUGGAUAAAGACAUGUACUCACCUAUAAAAGUAAAAGUUUGUUUCCAUUCUGGGCAAAAAAUGGAAGUUGAAAUCAACUGGGCUGACUUGAAAACCAUUAAUAUUGAUAGUGAUUAAAAAUUUGUUUUACUAUUUGAGAGAAUUUUGUAAUUUUAAAGUUAUAGAUUAAUUGCUUUUAUUUUUAUCUCUUCUUUCUUGUAAACGGUUUUGAAAGUAGUUAUAUAAGUCAUUAUAAUAAUGAGAGAUUCUACUUAUUUCAAAAUGAAUUAAAAUUACAAAAUGGAAAUAACAAGAAAUUUUAAUUCAUAAUAACUUGGUGGUAUUAAAGUUUAAUUAAUUUUAUGUUUCAAAAUAUUGAUUAAUUUGAAUUAUAAUGAAUGUGAACGUGAUAUUUUUUUGUUCGU